AUGGGAGAUGAUAAGUUGCAAUUAAGUCCCAAGUCGUUAAAAUUACCAGAAAAGACGAAAUUUACAAUGCUUUCGAAAUUUGAAAAGUUUUCCAAUCGAUCUGUUGAGCUUCGGUUGUGGAGAGGAAAGAGUUGCAUGUCAAGGGGAUAUCCUUUUCCCUGCAGUUCCAGUCGUUCAAAAGCAUCAUUGCGGAAAAACCCUUUAGAGGAUGAUGAGAAUAUGAAAGAAUGGGAAGAUGCCCGAUGUCCAGUCUGUAUGGAACAUCCCCAUAAUGCAAUUCUACUUUUAUGUUCGUCUCAUGAGAAAGGCUGUCGCCCUUUCAUGUGUGACACAAGCUACCGCCACUCAAAUUGUUUGGACCAGUUUCGUAAGUCAUUUGGUGAAGCUAAACCAGUGAUGCAAAGACCAGAAGACACACCAAUCUCAAUCUCUCAUGUGAUGACAUCUGCCACAACAAUAUCAGAAUCAACUGUCCCUGAUUUGGAAGGUGAAAGAAGUGUGGAAGGAUCUAUGCCCGUGGAAGGCAAUUCAGUUGAUAGCCAAGAGAAGCCAAAUCUGAUAUGUCCUCUUUGCCGGGGCCAAAUAAAUGGGUGUACUGUUGUGAAAUCCGCUCGUCAUUUCAUGAACUCAAAAUCAAGGAGUUGUGCAAGUGAAACAUGUGAUUUCAGUGGCAAUUAUACAGAUCUUCGGAAGCAUGCAAGAUUGGUCCAUCCACUUGCUAGGCCAACAUUAGCUGACCCAGAAAGGCAGCGUAACUGGAGGAGAUUAGAGCGGCAGAGGGACCUUGGAGAUUUACUUAGCACACUUCAUUCAUCCUUUAGCGAAGAGAGGAUCGAGGACAACAGCACUUUGACCAUUGAUGAUGGUGGCUGGCUGACGGUAUAUUUCCUCGUUCGAUUUAUCCGACCAGGAAAUACUGCAGGUCGUUCCAGUACUUCAAGAACUCAUGCUCAAAUCAGAAGAUCAUCAAGACGACUUCGGGGUGAAACCCCUGAUGGAGAAACCCAUUCCAGGGAUGAUGUUGACGAAUCUUCCGACAGCGGGCAAAGCCAAGUGGUGCAUUAUGAAAGGAGGCGGCGGAGGCGUCGAUCAACACCAGAAAACUAG